AUGGACAAUGGUGGCGAGAGAAACACACUACUCAUUCUUCCGCCCGACACGCUGGACAGCAUCAAGGAGUUGGAUAUCUCCUCGGUGCCUCGAACGGAACAGCCUCCACGAGGUUUUAUCCUACAGAUGCACCACGCGAAGAAGGCUGGAAAGUGGAACAAGCGAUUCAUCACUCUUCUGGAAGGCGGACAAAUAUUCAGCUCGAAGAAGGCUGAUCCGAAUCCCACUGACAAAGAUGUUGUUACCCUAUGCCAUCUAUCAGACUUCGACAUCUACACGCCAAAUGAGGCGCAUAUGAAGAAGCACUUGAAGUCGCCAAAGAAGUACUGCUACGCCAUCAAAAGCCAGUACAAGAUGGCCAAUUUUGCUACCACUGAAGGAUUCGCUCACUACUUCUGUACCGAUGAUCUAAGAGCAGCACAGAAGUUUCAUUCGCUUGUUCAAGGCUGGCGGAGUUGGUACUUAGUCAACAAAAAGGCGCAGGUAAUCGAGGAGAAACCACCACAGAUUGCUUCGACCAAACAUCAAGUCAAGAAAUCGGUUAGUCACAUCAACCUUAAUGGACACCGCCUCAAAGUCUCUGUCGACGAGAGUCCUUAUUCGAUUGGGGAGUUUCAACCCUUGGUAGAUCUCACUCGAUUCGACAAGCCUCUUGAUGAUUUUGGCAAGGAUUGGUUCCUAGAUGCUACGACUAAACCCGAACAACCGAUCUUCACCUCGCCUUCUGAUUCCGACUCAAACAGCGUGAGACGGCCACUUAUAGAUACCAGGACUGAACAGCCUUUCGCUUCCACGGUCACCGAGCUCGAGAUUCCUUGCGGUGCCUUCGCGAAAUAUGCCCCUGAGAAGGGAUGCGUCCGGCCCGACGCUGGGCGCACGCCCACAGACUUCUCAUGGCGAAAGACAGCGAAGUAG